GAAACCCUUUCUUCAGUCUUCUUCACCUACGUCUCUUCUUCUGCAACUUUCCCUAUAGUUAUUCUCGCCGGACGAUCCAAACCGGAGAGCUUCCGCCGACCGGUUGAAAUUGAUUUAGAAGAGAGGAUGUUGAAGUUUCUAUCAAAAGUAAGAAUCGAGUUCAACACAUUGGAUCCAAGACUCGCGUCUUGUGUUGAAUUCUUAGCUCAAUGCAACGCGAGGAAAGCCAAAGAGUCGAAUCCGAACUGUCAGGUUAUGGUGAAACGUCGAACAGACGAUCAGCCACCGCAGAUCACAGUCACGUUCGUUAAUGGCGUCGAGGAAGCUUUCGACGCGGCAGCGACCUCGGCUCAGUCGAUAAGGAAGAUGAUUCUCGAUAAAGGUCAGUAUCUCGAGACAGAGCAAAUGUUCCGUGAAGCCAAAGAGCAAUGGCCUGUGAUCAUUCCUGAAGAAGAGAUUCACCAACAGGCUCCUGGUGUCAAGCCGAGAAAAGCAGAAGACAAGAAGUAAUGCUGCUUGCUUCAUUGAUAUCUGUUGGUGUAACACUUGUUCAAUUGACAAGUCUUAGCUUUGGGAAUGUAAGAUUUGUACUCAGUGGUAUGUGUCUCAAGCUUAGGGUUUCUGGUUCGGACAGAUAGAUUUGUAUUGUUUCCUUCUUUAUAAGAGUCGGAAAUGGAUGAACUUUGGAUCAGACUCUAGGGCUAAUACCUUGUGUGGAAUAAAAAUGCAAUUUUUCGUUAUGUCAAAGCAACUCUCUGCCUUGAGUUGGGGCAACAACAGUAUAAAAUUUAUGUCAAA